AUGUUACAAUGUUUUCAGUUUGUCUUCGGCACCACUAUAUCUUAUCCAUAUUUUUCAGGAAUCACUUUGCCAGUCUUAGAAGCUCACUUUGACUCUCGCCAUGUUCAAGUCACACACCUCACAUGUUGUGGCGACAGGAUCAACUACUACCCACGUUCCACAGUUUGUUGUGCUGAGAAACUGUUGCAGACAGGUACUGCAGGACUAUCGUCUUGCUGUGGUGAUAUCAACUUCAAUGAAAAGUCUCAUAUCUGCUGUGAUAAUACUAUUCAACGACGUUUAACUUAUGGCGAAAGCAGCUGUUGUGGUACCAAGGUUAUCAAUCCCAAGGAACAUGUUUGCUGUAGUUCUAAAAUUUUACACCAAAUCUCUGGCAAUGAUUCUUGCUGUGGUGAUAUGAACUUUAACCCUUAUACUCAUGUUUGUUGUCUAGGUUUUAUCUUAGAGACUUUAAUAUACAGUACUGCUUGCUGUGGUAUGAAGAACUUUUACCCUCAUACACGUGUAUGUUGUGAAGACAUACUUCUGCCAGUAGGAAAUGGUAAAACUGCUUGUUGUGAUAUCGAAAAUUAUAACCCUAAAACUCAUGUAUGCUGUGGUGGAAUAAUUCACCCAAUAGUUGCAAAUCGUAAUGUGUGUUGCGAUGAUAAACCCGUAAAUCCAUCUUUAACUGUAUGUUGCCAGGACAACGUCCUUAGUCCUGCAGGCGGGAAGACUGCAUGCUGUGGAGGAACUAACUACAAUCCUACAACUCAUGUUUGUUGUGAAAACACCAUCUUAGAUUCAAAAUAUGGUCGGACAUCUUGUUGUCUGAACAAGAACUUUAAUCCUUACUUUAAAGUGUGUUGUGAUGGGAAGCUCAUCCAUGUCGGAUACAUGGCUGCAAAGUCGUGUUGCCGUGAUAGAUCGUAUGUUCCAGGUGCUCAAAUUUGUUGCCAUGGUGUUGUUCUAAGUACCAACGGAGGAUUGACAAAGUGUUGUAAAGAUAAGAAUUAUAAUCCUCGUACCCAUGCUUGCUGUGCUGAUCACAUAGUGGAUAUAAAAAUGCGAAAUUAA